AUAACGUUAAUUAUACCACUGCUUGGUUGAAUUUCCCCAUAGCCUAGUCAUGCGUUCUACUGUCCUAUUAGACCAAGCCUGCGUUACUGUUCCGUCUUUUUUAGGCUUCUUUAUGCAGGCGCGUUUUCCCCGUUCCCCACUCCUCCCACGAAAUUUCCUCUGGAGGCUACAUCUUACAUUAGGUCGAACCGCUCAUCUGGUUGCUCUUCGUGAGCUGUGACAGCAUGACUGGUGGACUCAAAGACAGCAUACCAGAAGAGGAGUAUCUCCAGGCACCAUUCAUUAGAAAACAAGGAAACAUAUACAAACCAAAUAACAAAGACAUGGACAACGAUAGCAUUCUUGAGAAAACAGAGCUGGAUGUUCAUACGAAGGAAAUUGAUUUGGUUAAUCGGGAUCCAAAUCAUAUUAAUGAUGACGUUGUCAAGGUAGAGUUUGAAGAUGUCAUUGCAGAGCCAGCAGGGACUUACAGCUUUGAUGGUGUGUGGAAAGCAAGCUUCACCACAUUUACUGUCACCAAGUACUGGUGCUAUCGGUUGCUGACAGCACUUGUUGGCAUCCCUCUUGCACUGGUGUGGGGCAUUUUCUUUGCUAUUCUCUCUUUUGUGCACAUCUGGGCAGUAGUGCCCUGUGUUAAGAGUUACCUGAUUGAAAUUCAGUGUGUGAGCCGUGUAUACUCUAUUUGUGUGCAUACAUUCCUUGAUCCCAUGUUUGAAGCCAUGGGCAAAUGCUUCAGCAGCAUACGAGUUUCCACCACCAAAGUAGUGUAAUAAUGCCUCUAGGGAGGUUGGAAAAUGAGUGGAAUACAGCAAAAAUACUGUACUAAAAAGAACACCAGACUUGCAAGAGAUCAUCAACAUUUUAAAGUUUUUUUUAAAUUUAGUAGACAGUCACAAGCUCUUCUGCUUUAACCUUAAAACACCAUCCCUUCAGCUUUUCUUUAACAAGCUUUUAUGUUACCAGCUAAAGAGUGUAUCACUUCAGAAGGUCACUACACUGGCCUCUGCCUUCUCCUGCUGACUUAUCAUCAUACAUACAAUGUAUUCUUUGACUUCAGCCAUAUAGAACUUUCAUAAAGAAUAUACCGGUAUUAAAGGGGUUAAUGAGAACAUUAUCUGAACACUGAUCAUGAAAUAAUAAAUGUUAAUUUUCUGUUAAAGUUGUAAGUCUUGUAAUCAGUACAACAUGUUGUAGGGUGUAUGUGCGUGACAGAUUUUUUCUUGAGAAUAAGAUAAUGCUACGGUUACUGAUAAGGACAUUCAGCACUGAUUUUCAGUCUUUGCCUCAGCUCAUGUAAUCACAGUAUAUCUGUUGUUUGUGGGUGAAUCAUCACUGAUGAUCAGACUGUGUUGGCUAGUAUGUCUGACAGAAGCAUGUUAUGGUGAUUUAUAUCUCAAUUGGACUUUUCAUGUUUGUGUAUCUUUAACUGCUGUUUUCAGGAUGCUGUAUCAUUAUAUUUCAAAAUAACACAAGUCCUUUCAUGUUUAUUGUACACAUCAUGUUAUGCAGAGCACAUUAAAAUAUGUUAAAUCAAA